CCCGUUUUCGCAAACCCGAGUCCGACACAACAACGCUGCUAGCCUGGAUCUUUUAGAGCUGACGAAUCACGAAUGUUUUGACAUUCAUUCCAUAUCUUUCAUUCAUCCAAAUCCCAAUCCAGGAGUUUACGACUGAUUCUGCUUCUCGCCGUCGCCGCCGAUCUUUGUUGCUUCCCUCAUAGGCAUUUGUUGGCAAGUUGAUAUGGCUGAUCAGCAUACAUCUGAAGGUCCAAGCACAAGUAAUGUUUCCAGUGAGGGUUCUGAAUCGAGUCCAUCGACUGUGAAACUUGCAUCUGAGCAUACAUCUGAAGGUCCAAGCAUAAGUAAUGUUUCCAGUGAGGGUUCUGAAUCGAGUCCAUCGACUGUGAAACUUGCAUCUGAGCAUACAUCUGAAGGUCCAAGCACAAGUAAUGUUUCCAGUGAGGGUUCUGAAUCGAGUCCAUCGACUGUGAAACUUGCAUCUGAGCAUACAUCUGAAGGUCCAAGCACAAGUAAUGUUUCCAGUGAGGGUUCUGAAUCGAGUCCAUCGACUGUGAAACUUGCAUCUGAGCAUACAUCUGAAGGUCCAAGCACAAGUAAUGUUUCCAGUGUGGGUUCUAAAUCGAGUCCAUCGACUGUGAAACUUGCAUCUGAGCAUACAUCUGAAUGUCCAAGCACAAGUAAUGUUUCCAGUGUGGGUUCUGAAUCGAGUCCAUCGACUGUGAAUAUCAAUAUCAAGACCUUAGAUUCCAGAACUUAUGCCUUUGACGUGGACAAAAACAUGCAAGUUUCUGCCUUAAAGGAAAAAGUAGCAACUGAAACUGGAGUCCCUGUUGCACAACAACGCCUUAUUUUCAGGGGGAAGGCCCUGAUGGAUGAUCACAUUCUUUCUGAAUAUCAUUUGGAAAACGGAGAUACAUUGCACUUGGUGAUAAGACAGCCUUCUCAACCACAAUUGUCAUCUUCUGUUGGCACUGGGGAAACUACUCCAGACAAUGGUCUUAGAGGUCAAGAGCCUGCUACUGGUGCGCCACGCAAUCGUAUUGGGCAAGUUUCACACAGUGUAGUGCUAGGCACUAUCAAUGUUGGUGAGCAAGGGGAUGGCCUUGUACCAGAUUUAAAUCGGGUUAUUGGGGCAGUUUUAAACUCUAUUGGAGUUGGGAGUCAAACUGGUGCCAACCAUCCUGGUCUGCAUGUUAAUGCUCGCACUGCUGCCCCAAGAGGAAAUGAAACAGAAGGUAUACAAAGGAAUUCUGGCUCUCAAAGUCAGCAGCCUGGGCAGGCAUUUCCUCGUAUAUCUUUAGCUGAAGGCAUGCAAAUCCCACUUGGAGCAGCAAUAGCAGUUCCUUCGCUUAAUAUGCCGAUUCCGGAUUCUUUGCACACACUGACAGUGUUUAUGAAUCGCAUGGAGUCUGUACUAUCCCGUAAUGGUAAUCAGCCUAACCAAUCACCUGCUGAUUCAUCUAGUGUAGAUUUGCCAACAAAUUCUCGUGGUCAAUCAACUCUAGAGACAUUGAGCACUGUUAUGCGGCAUACAGAGCGACUAGUUGGCAACCAUGUUACAUCAGCAUUAUCUCGUACUGCAGGACGCUUGGAGCAAGAAGGGAAUUCAACUGACCUUACAGUUAGAGGACAAAUACAGGCAGAAUCAGUGCAAUUAGGUCUUGUGAUGCAGCACUUGGGUGCUCAGUUCCUAGAGCUUGGAAGGACAAUGUUGACAUUGCGUAUGGGAGAGUCUCCUGCUGAAUCUUCGGUCAAUGCUGGUCCUGCAGUUUACAUUUCUCCAUCUGGGCCAAACCCAAUAAUGGUUCAGCCUUUUCCUCUUCAAACUUACUCUCUGUUUUCCGGUCCAUCUGUUCAAUCUAAUCCUGGAGGUUUCAAUCCCUUUGGAAUUGGCAGUGCGGCAAGGAAUGUAAAUAUACACAUACAUACCGUUGGUUCUAGAGCAACCAAUGGAGAUGGAGCUCAAGGUGACCAUGCCAGUGGAACUGAUGGUGGUGAUUCUAGUCAAUCUAGGGCUCCACCUGUAAUAGGUACUACUGGAGUAGCUGUUUCAUCAAUACCUCGUGUUUCCUUUUCUGGUGCUUCACAACAUGGUCAACCUGAGAGUACCACUGUUCAUGAGCAAUCUACCAGUUCUGGUGCUGAAACUGAAGCUAGGAAGUUUGGAGAAAGCCAGAUACGGGGAGAAUGUGAUCAGGUGUCCAAUGAAACUUCUGUAAGUUCAGCAGGAGGUUCUCAGGGAGUGGAUCGCCCUGGUGCUUCGUCUUCUGUUCCUAUUGGACUAGGGAUGGGGGAUUUGCAGCCUAAGAGGCGAGUUAAGCAAUCUAAAUCACAGGGAAGAAGUGAUGAUGGUGCAGCUACCUCCAGUCAGGGCGAACAACCCAUUAGAGAUGAACAGGUUUUGCAAUCUCUUGCAGCACUUUCGGCUAGGAGGACUGAGGGUUCCCCACCUUUAGGACAAUUUUCUCAUUUGGGCUCUGGAGGAAAUGGCCAACCUGAUAUUUCAAAUAUGAUGUCACAAGUUCUUCAAAAUCCAGCUUUAAAUGGUUUAUUGGGUGGAAUCUCUCAACAAACUGGUCUUGGUUCCCCCGAUACCUUGAGGGAUAUGUUGCAGCAAUUUACCCAGAACCCAGGGAUGAUGAAUACCGUCAACCAAAUUGCUCAACAGAUUGAUCCUCAAGAUCUUGGAAGCAUGUUUGCAGGUUUUGGUGGUGCAGGCCAUGGUGGCGGUGGCAUGGAUCUUUCCAGUAUAUUUCAGCAAAUGAUGCCACUUGUUUCUCAAGCUCUUGGUGGUGUUCCAACCUCGGCCCAACAAGCUCCUGGAACGGAAGUCAGAACAAAUGAGACUCGUGCGAAUAGAGAAGUGACGCCAACCAAUGAAAAUACUCAGAUUGGACUACAAGAGGUUGCCCAAAGAAUCGAACAUCACAGUCCUCCCGAAGAGAUCUUCCGCUCCGUAGUUGAAAAUGCUGCUCACUUGCAUCGCAAUGGAGGUAGGGAUGAGAACCUUGUGAAUGGCGUGUGCAGUACCGAAGGCCUUGCAAAUGAAUUUAUGGAGGUCCUGCAUCGCGACAUCUCCAAACGUGUUAGGGAUGAAUCAAAGCCCCCAAGGAAGCCUUCUUAGUGUAGUUGAAUCAGAUUUAUACAUACCAUUAUGCUGAUGAUAUAGGUAUCCAGUAUGCUUUUAUUCCUAGUUUAAAUCCAAAUUUUUUGUGUAUUGAAUUUUAUUUUAUUUUUUGUUGGUCAAAUUCAAGCACAAAUACGGAUAUACACUCGACUAAUUUGAUUUGUCUUUGAUUGUGCGAAAGUAGAUUUUUUUAAAUAGUUAAUAUGCAAAAUAUUUAAAUUGAGAGAAAUAUUUACUGAGUAA